AAAGAGCAAUAGCUCUAUUAGAAGAACAAAAGUAUGUAUUAAUAAAGUUUAAUGAUCAUAACCAUGCACCUGAAGCAAGCUGUGCUAAUAUGAUUCAAGCACUUAAUGCUAUUAAAGAAAUGGCAUCUUAG